AUGUCUAGCUCAUCAUCAUCAUCACCCCAACCUGUUGACAAGGAAGGGAAUGUAAUUCAGCGGUACCAUGAUCCAAGCUGGCUAAGACUGGUGGCUUUUGAUAUCCUGGCAUGGCUGCUGUCUGUGACAUUCAGUGGGUUCUUCAGGGAGAUCAGACCAAGAGGAGCCUUUAGAAUCCCCAAAUCAGGGCCUGUGAUCUUUGUCGCUGCCCCUCAUGCCAACCAGUUUGUUGAUGCCGGCUUGCUAUUGGGCCAGGUUUUCAAAGAGGCCAACAGAAGAAUCUCCUUCUUGAUUGCUGACAAGUCGAUGAGCGUUAAGGGUAUCAGACAGAUGGCUAACGUUACACUGUCAAUUCCGGUUAAAAGAGCGCAAGAUAACUUGAAGUCUGCUUCUGGUGAGAUUACAUUGGACAAGACAAACCCUUUGAAAGUGAUCGGUUAUGGUACAAAAUUUACCAAAGAAGCCAUGGUCAAGGGGCUCAUUGGGCUGCCAAAGUCUAGGGGUAACACUGAAAUUGCGGAGAUUGUUAGUGACACUGAACUUAUCCUCAAGAAGGAGUUCAAGAAGACUGCGACUGAGAUCUUGCAAAAUAAGACGCCUUACAAGUUGGCGGACAAGAUCAACCAAAGAGAAGUGUACGAAAAGGUUUUUUCACACUUGGCACACGGUGAAUGCAUUGGUAUUUUCCCAGAAGGUGGUUCUCAUGACAGAACAGACUUGUUGCCCUUGAAAGCUGGUGUUGCCAUCAUGGCAUUGGGUGCAAUGCAACACAGCCCAGGUACUGAUGUUAAGAUCGUUCCUUGUGGUAUGAAUUACUUCCAUCCACAGAAGUUUAGAUCUCGUUGUGUCAUUGAGUUCGGGCAUCCAAUCUCAAUCUCAAGCGACUUGCUCGAGGAAUAUAACAAUCCAGAGACUUCAAAGAAGGCUGUGGGUGAUUUGUUGGCCACCAUCGAACACGGUCUAAGAGCUGUCACGGUGACUUGUCCUGACUAUGAAACUUUGAUGGUUGUUCAAGCUGCUAGAAGAUUGUACACAGACGGAAAGAAUUUGCCUAUUCCAUUGGUUAUCGAGUUGAAUAGAAGAUUGGUUGACGCUUAUCAACACUUCAAGAAUGAGCCGGACAUCAUUUCGCUUCGUGAAAAGAUCUUCAGCUACAACGAAAAGUUGAAAGCAGUUCACUUACCAGAUCACGCUGUGGAAACUGCCCAGGUUGAUUUCAUUAGAAAUUUGGGCAUUCUGAUCCAAAGAUCUUUAAAACUCAUCUUUCUUUUCCUACUAGCACUCCCAGGUGCUGUUUUGUUUACCCCUGUGUUUAUCAUCGGUAAGCUGUACUCAAAGAAGGUUCAACGUGAGGCACUUGCAUCGUCGUUGGUUAAAGUCAGAGCAAAUGAUGUUGUGGCAACAUGGAAAAUCUUGAUCGCUAUGGGUGUUGCUCCAGUCUUGUACAUCUUUUACUCAUGCGUCGGUCUUUAUUGGUUCUGGGAUACUUCUUAUAACAAACUCCUUUUGUUCUUUGCCUUUUACAUGGCUGGUGUCACUGUCACAUGGUCUGCUUUGGCUUUUGGUGAUACCGGUGUUGAUUUGUACAAGUCUUUGAAACCUAUUUACUUGACACUUGUUAGCCCAGAUACCCUUCAAGAUCUCAGAUCUACCAGGGAUGAGCUAAAGAAGGAAAUCGUUGAGAUUGUGAACAAGUACGGUCCUCAAUUAUAUCCGGACUUUGACCAUAUGAAGCAAAAUGGUAUCGAUGAAGCAAUGGAAGAUAAGAAGACCGAGGAGAUGAGAAGAAGAAGACGUGAAAGAAGAAGAAGAAGACAAGGUAAAGUGGAAGAGGACGAUACCUCUGAUGCUGAAUCCAUCUCCAAUGCAUCCAUUUUCGCCAGCUCUGAUGCUGAAAGUGACACUUCUGAGACCUCAUUGGAGUCACCAAGUAUUGAAUAUGCAUCUGGUGUAUCUCACAAGGUUGUUGAUGCCUUGAGAGAGAGAAGAACCUAUGAUGAUGAAUGA